AUGAAAGAAUCAAUUGAUGAAUUAUUGGAUUGUCAAUUAUUUAUAACUUCAAUACAAUCAAUUACAAGUAACAAUACCAAUCAACUAAUAGAUUCAUUAACAAUUACUAAAUCAAUUAAUUUACAAUAUGAUUGUAAAUAUUCAACCAGAUCCAAUAUAUUGAAUACAUUAUUAGUAUAUACUUAUCCAACAACAAUAUCCUUAUCAUCCUUAAUUAAUUAUGCCGAAUUGUUAAUAUCUAAAGAAAUAGAAGAAUCAAUAGAUCCUCAAGAAUAUUUAAAUUCAUUACAACCUCCAAUAUCUAUCCUGGAUUCAACUUUAAUCAAAACAACUCAAGACUUAUUAAUUGAUAUUAAUUCUCAAACUCAAUUAUUAUCAUUCUCAUUCAAUGAAUCACAAUCAUCAAAUUAUAAUCUAUUGAAAUUCAUUCAAGCUAAAUCAUUACAUUUAUCUAAAUAUUAUAACCAUGAUUUAAUACCUUCAUUACAAUCAUUAUAUGAAUCAGCACUAGCCAUUGCAUCAGAUGGCAAGUUUAGAAAAUGGUAUCAAGGAAUAAUUCAACUGUAUAAUUAUUAUUGGAAUCAUUAUGGAUGUGUUCAUCCUGAAGCUUCAAUUGAAUUUCAUGAAUAUUUAAGAAUUACAUAUUCCAAGAGAUUUGAUAUAUUUAUUAAACCAUUAGAAGAUCCAAAUAAUUCAAUUUCAUUAGAUAAUUGGAUGAAAAAUGUUAUAUUACCUUUAAUCAUCUAUAAUAAUAAAGAUUUCACACAAUUAAAACAAUGGCUAUUCCAAGCAGAUUUACCAGGGGCAAAGACAAAAUCAUAUAAAUAUCAUAUUUGGUUUAUUACUUUUAAAUCAAUUAUAAAUAAUAGCCAGGUUAAUUAUAAUGAUUAUAAAGAACUUGUUGAAUAUGUUUUGGCGGGUUGUUAUUAUUAUGGAUUCAAGGAAGAUUUGGAUAAAGUAUCUUCUUCUUCAAUUGAAUUAAUUCGAAUUUAUGAUUUUAUUAAAGAUACUUUGAAUUUAUUACCUACUCCUCCUUCAAAUAUAACAAAUGAGAUACCAGAAAUAAACAUUACGGAUAUCCCUCAAGAUUGUCAAUCAUUAGAUGAAUUUAUUAAUCUAUCAACCAACCCACUUAAACCAUUAUUUAUUAAUCCAACUGAAAAUUCAAUUAAUGUUUUGAAAAAUGCCAUAUUAACAAUUGAAAAAUUAUUCCCGGUGAAUAAACUUACAUUAGCCAAAUAUUUUAAAUUAAAAUGGACAAGCAGUACAAGUCCAAUUGAUAUUGAAAAAGAAAUACUUAAAAUUAUAUCAAAUUUAUCAACUUCAAAUUAUAUUCAAUUAUUACAAUUAGUUAAAAUGUUCCAAUCAGAAUUUAUUCCUUCUCAAGACAGAUCAAAUUCCAUAAAUAAAAUAAUCAUUGAACGAUUAUUGUUCUCAAAUUUAUUUGAAAUAAUGAUUGAAUUUUAUCAAGAUACAAAUAUUGAAAUAAAUGAAUUUUUUAAAUUGAUUGAAGAUAAAUUUUGGGAUUCUUUUAAUCAUUCACUGAAUCUAAAUGAAAAAAUCGGUUAUUUAAAUCAUGCAAAACAAUGUCUUGAUAUAUUUGAUAAAUUAUCCUUAGAUCCUGAAUUAAAUCAAGAGAAUCAUCAAUUAAUUAUUAGAUUAAAACAUUUAUUUAAAGCGAUUUAUAAUAUGAAGAAUUUUAAAAUUGUAAUUGAAAGAAAUCAACCUUUUACUCCCCAACAAUUGAUUAAUCGAUUCACAAACCGAGAUGAUCAAGGAUGUCUUGAAUUGGUCACUUUGAUAUUGGAACAAAAUCCAAAAUCUUAUUUAGCAUUUGAAAAAUUAUAUAAAAUCUUAAAUGAUUUAUUAUUAUUCUCCCCAUCCACCAACAGCGCCACAACCAAUGAAUCUCAUUAUUAUUUCAAUAGGUUAAAAAGUGCAUGUAUAGAAUCAGCCCUCAUUGAUAAUAAUUUCUCCUAUGCCUAUUCCCAAACCCAAGAAUUAUUCAAUCAUUAUGGGCAAUCACAAAUUAAUGAAUUAUGGCUAACUUUUUAUCAAGUCGGGAAAUAUAUCUCACCAAAAUGGUUUGAAGAUGAAGAUAAUGAAAACAUAAAAAGAGAUAGAUUGGAUAUAUUGUACAAACAGCGAGAAAUCCUUUCAAAGACAUUGUUAUUGUUGCUGAAGAAAGAAGCAGUGGAUGGAAAGGGGGAGGAUAAUAGUAAGAUUAUUUUAGAUCAAUGGGGGUCGAUUAAUAAACAGAUUGAACAACUUCAAGAAAGUCGACAAGAUAGGUAUACAGCUGGGGAUGGAUCACCGGUGGUGGAGCGUGAACAAGUUAGGCAUCAUGACGGGAGAGAGAAGAUGACAAGGAGCCAGCACCAGAGGCAGCCAACGGAUAAGAUAUCGAAUUUACUUGUGUCUGGAUUAGGGUGGGCAAUUGGUGCAAAUAAGAGGUAG